AUGAUAAGUAAUACGUGCUCGGUAGAUUCGAUACUGUCAAUUUUAGCGACGUCAGCUGCCGAUAGUAGCAGUUAUCGAAAAUAUUUAUAUAAUUUAAAGGAAACGAAUUUGACGGCAAGUAUAGCAUUACAAAUGAUAACAGAAAAAAAAGUAAAGCAAAUUUAUUACAAUCGAGCAUUACUAUUGUUACAAUUUUUUUCAAGCAAAGUGCAAACAUUAGUUGGUGGCUUUAAAUUGAUUGAUACCACUAAUACUGCUGCAUCAAUGGUCAAUAAAAUAAUGGAUGAAAUGCCUUCAUUCGUAAAAACUAGUGUCUGUAAUAACAACUUUUGUUCCGUGCCUAUGUUGGAAGUCAAAUCUACUCAAUUAUCAUUAAAUGUUUACGAUGGUCAAAUUAAUUUAUCGAGGGAUCUAUUGGCAUAUAUUGAAAUUUCUGAAGAGAAUUGCUCUUUCUGUGUUAAUAAAAGAAGCGUUACAGUAGCAGCCACUGAACAUAUAAUGAUUGAAUUGAACUCUAUUCCCUCUGAUCUGGAAUUAUCAACUAGCACUGGAAAUAUCGAGAUUGUUCCAUUACAUUUAAUAAAACAAAAUUUUACGCAACCAAUCAAAGCAAAGUUGGACAAUUUGGAAAAGUUUUUAACAGUUGGAGAUAAGACGUACAAAUUAAGAGGAGUGGUGAGUUUCUUUGGAGGUGAAAGGAGAGGAUUGCGGAAUGCCAUGGGCCACUAUACUGCAUCGGCUUUCAGGGGAAAUCACAAAUGGGAAACAUAUGAUGACAUGAAAAAAAAAGUAGAAAACGCACGAGCAUCAACUACAAACGAUGAAGAGUUAUAG